AUGAUGUUGUAUCGUACUUUGUUUUCAUUGGCUUUGCUGCUGAGCAUUGCAUGUGUGGGGGUGGCGAUUGGAGAGAAUCCUGUUCCUGGGGGAGAUAUUCAACAUCCUUUGGGGCAGAAAGGUGAAGCAGGCCCUCAAGGUCCCCCUGGUUCAGUAGGACCUUCAGGUGAUAGAGGGAGUACUGAUGAGUCUUUGCCAGAUUCUGCUUCUUCUGCUUGUUCUCCAGCUACUACUGGUGGUGAAACUUCUGAGGUUGAUGGCCGUACCUGUGAUUCUCAUACUGUUUCGACUACUGUCCCUUCUGGUGGUGGUCAUGGUAGUAGUAGUGGUGGUGGUAGUGGAGGUCAGGGUGCACGGCAGCAGGUACAAGAUACAUUGGUUGGCCGUACAGAUGAGAAUAGGGCUGGCAGCGGUACUGCUGAAGAUCUCGUCGACCCAGAAAAGAACAAUAAAGCACAACCAGACAGUAAGGAACAAAGUAAACAAUUAAAGGAAGCUGAUAAAGCAGCAGAGAGCCCUUCCGUUGGUGACAAAAGAGACGCUGAGAAUACUGAUUCCCAAACUGAUGCAAGGGUUACUACA